UUAAGACAACUCUCCUUAAAAGAAAAACAUUCCAAAAACUUUUAAGUCCUCUCUCUCUUUGAUAAUGGCUUUCUCGAAAUCUCUAGGGCUCCUUCUCCUCGCCGCUCUCUUCGUCUCCUUCACGGUGGCUCAAUCUCCGUCACCAGCACCGGCUCCAUCUAACGCAGGGAGGAGAAUCUCACCGGCGCAUUCACCUAAGAGAGCGUUGUCUCCUGCAUCAGCUGUUUCUCCUACUCCUCAAAACGCUUUGACUCCAGAGUCUUCCUCCUCUCCUCCAUCGCCACCUUCAGCUGAUUCUCCGGCUCUUUCUCCUUCUUCGAUCUCUGACUCUCCCGUUCAAGCUCCUGCUCCAGCAAGCGGCGCUGUUUCUAAGAGUUACGCGGUGUUUGGAUCCGUCGCUGUUAUGUUAACCGCUGCCGUUUUGGCUAUGUAGGUUUUUGGCAUGAGUUUUUUUAGAAUAAAUAAUUAGGUAUUUAUUUAUUUAAAUUAUUUGCAGAGAGUGAUGAUUUAUUUUUUCUUUUAUUAUAUUGGUUUUACUAUUUGUUUCUCAUUUUUGUUGAUGGAUCUCAUGAGUCAUAUUAAUAUAUGAGUUUAUCAGA